CACAGCCCUGAGUUUAGAUAUUUCUCAAUGUUUGUUAUGGUUGUGAUUUAGUUUUGGUGGGACUAGACAUGUUAUGAGACGUGUGUUUCCCUACUGUGGCUUCAAUGUGGUGGAGGGGUAGGGUCCCUGACAUUACGGCUGUGGAUCCCUGGCACAUGCAUAAACACACCUUUCUCUUUCUCCCUCUUUCUCUUAUUCUCUCACACACACACACACACACGCACAGACACUCAAGCAUAAGCACGUCAACGUUUUCUCUUAGGCAAGCAAUUUUUCCAUAAAGACUAACCCCAUAAAAUGUCUUUAAAGUCGAUGUUGUAAACAGCAUUUAAUGGUGGUCUGGAACCAGUACUUAAACAUCAUUUGAGAGCCUAUGUCUGUCUCUCUCUGUGCUAGGUAAACAAGACCCUUAAACCUGAUGAAAUCCUAUAAACCUGUGAGAGCUGAACAGACUGUAGCUGCCUUGGCUCCUGUCUAACAGUGUCCAUCACAGCUCAGUGCAUUCCCCUCAGAGAGAUCCUGUUUGGGCUUCACUGGUGGAAAAACAGAAGAAAUAUGAAGAGAGGAGAUUUCUACCCCCUUGGCUUACUUCUAAAUGGCACAUAACAAUAGAUACCCCAGGGCUUAGGGUCUUGCAAAAAUCUUGCAGCAGCCUGUUAACAGAAGAGAAAUGGACUUAACGAGAGGAUGGAUGGUUUUCAUAGUGACUUCUGGGGAAAGUUUUGACUGUUUUAUUUGGAGGCUGAAAUAGAGCAGUUAUAGUUUACUGGCUUACAAGUCAACCACUACGAUUUAUGGCAUAUGAAGCUGUACAGCGAGGCAGCAACGUUGCUGGAACACCAAGCGACCUUUGACCCUGAGGCCAGCUGGCUGAAGUUCCACCUGGGCAUUAAUCGCUACGCUCUGUAUGCCCGCGAGGACCCCAUAAUCACCCGCCUGCUGAAGGACAUGCAGUCCAACGCCGUCAUCAGCGCAGAUUACACUCAAGACGAAAAGGCCCUCAAAGGAGCGUGUGACUGUACCCGGGUGGUAAAGCCCAGUGGAUACCACCUCAAGCUGGCCCUGAAGAUGCAGAACUAUGGCAAGGCCAUGUUCAAACCCAUGAGACAGCAGAGAGACCAGGAGACUCCUGAUGAUUUGUUCUACUUCGUCGACUUCCAGAGACACAAUGCUGAGAUUGCUGCCUUUCACCUGGACAGAAUCCUGGACUUCCGGAGGGUACCGCCGGUGGUGGGCAGGCUGGUGAAUUUGACGGGGGAGAUUCUCCUGACCACUCACAAUGAGGACCUAAGGAGUGUGUUCUUUACCUCUCCAGCGAACAACACGUGUUUCUUUGCUAAGUGUCUGUACGUGUGUAAGACGGAGUAUGCAGUGUGUGGGAGCCCUGACCUGCUGGAGGGCUCCAUGUCAGCCUACCUCCCCGGUCUCAGCAUCGCCCCUCGUAUCUCCAUCCCCAACCCGUGGAUACGAUCAUACACCUUCACUGGCAGGGAAGAGUGGGAGGUGAACCCCUUGUACUGUGACACCAUAAAGCAGCUGUAUCCCUACAACUCAGGGAACCGACUGCUCAACAUCAUAGACAUGGCCAUCUUUGACUUCCUUAUUGGUAACAUGGACAGGCACCAUUAUGAGAUCUUCACCAAGUUUGGCGAUGAAGGUUUUCUUCUUCACUUUGACAACGCCAGAGGGUUUGGGAAGCAUUCUCAAGAUGAGAUGUCCAUACUGGCUCCACUGUCACAGUGCUGCAUUAUAAAGCGUUCCACGUUACUGCGACUGCAGCUCCUCUCCCAGGACCGCUACAGGCUCAGUGACGUGAUGAGGGAGUCCCUGAGAGGAGACGCACUGCAGCCGGUCCUUACUGAGCCCCACCUGCAGGCCCUGGACCGCCGGCUGCAGCGUGUUCUGAAGACAGUCCACAGGUGUGUCCGCAGGCUGGGAGAGGCUCAGGUGAUCACCACAGACUUUGUUGAUACCUCCGCCAUGCCUGAGUCUGUCAAACCAGUGUCUGCGCCCAACAAGGAGAGGUAACUCAGGUUAACAAGGAAUUCAAAUGAAGUGCACUAUAAUAGGGGAAUAGGAUGACAUUUUGGACGUAUCCCCAAGUCCUACAAGGGGAGGUAACAUAAGACCAAGGACAGCCUGAGGACCAUGAUGGCAGGUGACCUCGUCCUGUAAAAGCAGGAACCACAGGGUCUGGUCCCUCUCACCGAGUAAUGCAUUCCGAACUAGUCUUUGAAGUCAAACUUUUGGAAUGAUACGGUCUGCUUUGACAAUAGACAGCAGCACUGCUUUCCUGCACUGUCAAAAUGUCACACAUGGCCUUGGGCUAUGGGGUCACCUGAGGUCACCUUCCACCCUCUCUGGAGAUCCCCUCUGCCUUGCAGUGCAUUGAAAUGGACCUACUUUAUCAGUGUGUCAAAGGAGCCAAAUGACCGUGGAAGAAGCACUGGAUAAUUUAAGAUGAUUUCUGAUUUUUCACGAUUUCACACCCUUCUUCAGUACUCUGUCAUUUCAGUUUAAUUUCAAUGAUUGCACAUCAGUUCUGUGAAGUAACCUUGUGCCAACAGAUAUUUAAUCAAAUAUACAUUUGUAAAUAAAGGUUAUGAUUUGGGGUGAGUCAUUGAACAAAACUUUAAUAAGAAGAAAUGAUGACACUUCAAUACUCCUUACAUUUCUACUGCUUUCUGUUGUGUAACUGUUUUGAUUGAUCUGGAUUCACAUUAGACACACAUAGUGAAAGUUAAAAGGAAAGACAAACUGAGAGAAAGUGCAUGGAUGAAAAAGAAAGUGUGUGUAUGAGGUGUUUCUUCCUACAGGAAAGUGUUACCUAUUAAACCUCCAUUUAAACGACCCAUGGUUUUUCCAGAUAGCACGUAGACGUCUAAUGCCCGUCUGUCUGUCUCAUCAGGAGGUGUCUGUCUUUCUGACUGUCUCAUCAGGUGUCUUUCUGUCUCAUCAAGAGGUGCCUGUCUCUAUUUAAUCAGGUAUCUGUCUGUCUGCCCUUUAAGCACUUUCACAACCAUAACACACCCUGCCAUAAAUACCUCAUCAUCAUCAUCGCUACACUACUGUAUGUGUACAUGCAGCUUAUACUUUGUUCUAACUCGUCUGAAACAAAGUAUUGUCUUCAAACAACAUUCUGUUUGAUGCCAUUUCAUCUCAACAUGUCUGGACCUUUUGCUCCGAGCUGUUCGCAUUGUUGUCCUGACUACAAAUCCAAUGUAUCCUGAUGUUUUUGAAGAGGGAGAAUAACCACAACUAUUUUAAAGAGCCUGAGUAAGUGAAAUCACACCAAAUGACGUUGGGCUUCUGUCCAACAAUACUGGAGGGAGCUUAUGGAAGACUGUUUUAUAAGGUGUCAGCUGCAAAAACGCUCAGAACAUUUAUUGGUUGUGCAACAGUGACUGAUCUUAAAUGCAUGCAGGAGUGGGUUCUGGGUUUACUAACUUUAUGAGCUCUCCAAUGAAGUGGGUGGCUUUCUUUCAUCCACUGACAGUUAAACAUCUAAUUUCACCAAACACCAAUAGGCUACAGUGGAGUCCUUUUCUCAUCUAUUUUCUUCAUAUGCACUGAACCAAUAAAACAGAAUG